AUGGCGCCCAAGACAACGCCCACACAGCCCAAGGCCCGCGGCAGAAACGCAAAAGGACCAACCAACGUGGGCCCGGUUGCUGGCCCGGCCGGGAACACCAGAAGUCGCCGUGGGAACGAUGGAGCCGUUGGCCUCACUCCAGGGUUGAGCUAUUUUCCGACCAGGACUCGCAAUGGACGGGUGACGAAAUCUAGAGCCCCGAAGAAGGUAGCAGGCUCUGUAUCAAAGCCAGCGCCGCCAGCACCAACGCCACGCCCCGCUUCAGAAACUACAUUAGAGCCUUCGCAAAUUCAGGCUACCAAUUCUUCUGCUCCGGGUCCGGUGGUUCAGCAAUCCGCUCAAGAAGCUUCGAGGGAGACUGCUCCUCAGACUCCGCUGCAUCAACAUCCCGCAACAGCGUCCAGACCGGUGGAUGGAGCAGCCCCGGCGGUGAAGACAGGAGCAGCAGCCCCCGGGACUGGAUCCAGCUCCAAACGUGCAUCGUCACAGCAGCAGCGCUCUGGCAGCUCAUCCGGAGGUAGCAAGCGUCCUACUGGUGACGAGGGUAAUGAUCGUAAGGGAGACUCGAAGAAGUCAAGAGGGGAUGGGCCAGGAUCACGCGGCGCAACAGGAAAUCAACAGGCUACCCGGACGGGAGCGCCAACGCUGAAUAAUUGUGAGAUCGCUGCAGCGGCCAUAGCACGAUUCGAGGAGAUGGCCAAUGCAGCAGGCACAUUCGGCAGUAUCGAGGAACCCGUCGAAGCUGGAGAGUACAUGACAAACACCACGGUCUUUCGAGCUGUCGCAGCUGUCUCCGAGGCCAUUUCACAGUCCGGAAGCGGCGUGGAGUUCUCGCUCAUAGAAGAUACAACCCUUUCUGUUGCAGCCAACUCUGCAGUAGAUCAGCCAACUACUCGUCCUGGAAACGAGGUCUUGAUCCCUUGGUGUCCUGGUGAUAAUCACAUCUCAUUKUACAUCGUUCGCCGCAACGGGACAUCGAACAAUUUUCACCUUGGGCACUACGACUCUGCUGGCCGCGCAUGGCACCGUGCGCCUGAUGCUCGGACGCGUGCUCGCAAUAUGAUCCCGAGGGUGCUAAAUCAGACAGGCUGGAACAGUUCCGGGGGAAACGCAGUUUCUGUGAUCGGCGUCGACGCCAACCGCACUCGGCAGCUUCGUAAUUGGGAAUGCGGCCUGCAUUCAAUCUUUUCGGCGUGGGCAUACGCUUUGGGGCUUGAGCUUGCUGAAGAAGCACAAGGAACCGGCUUGAUCUACGACGAAUUCCUGAGACUAGGUGGAAUCCUCAUCAACAUGGCCUUGUUAGGAUAUGUGGACAGCGAAACGAUCAGGGCAUUCCUGGAUUGUUUCGGGUUUAUUCGAGUGAACCAGACAGUCACAUUGGCUAGAUCGUUUGACAGCACUAUCAACUUCGCCACGACAUCCGUAUAUCGAGAACACCUCGCGCGACUUCGCCUCGAAGCUGCCCUGAGCCUGAGGAGGGCGAAUGGCGAGAACCUACAAUCCUUGGACUCUAUCAUUACGCAACUGAAUGAUAGCGGCUUCAUGGUUGAAUCUCUGAUCAACGUUACCGUUCAGGAUUUGCUUGAAAACCUGAAUCGCUUUGGCCAGAUGGGAAACCCUGGCACGACGCAAGAGAGUCCGGUCGACCCCGACGAGCAAAUUCUCAACGAGAUCAUGCUUGCUGAGGCGAGAGAGAGAGUUGAUGCACGGGAUGCGAACGCGGCAAGCCUCGCUGCUGAAGCCAGUGCAGCGGCAGUUGCAGGACAAUCUAGCAGCGCCACUUCAACAGACAAUGUCAACGUCCAAGGUUCUACUACUGGCGAAGGCCAGGGCAACGCUCCGCCGACAGUCGACGGUACCGCUGGAAGUGCAUCUCAGCAGGGAACCACUCAGCGACGUAGCACGUCUCCUGGAGUCGACCCUCCUGGCGGUGGCCGCAACUCGUCUGACAGCUUUUCUGGCGUUGGGUCUGAUGAUGAUGAUGACGACGAUGACAAUGGAUUCUUUGGUGGCACGCCUUUAACCAGCAUACCUGCUGUGCAAACAUCCAUUCCCGAAUCCGCGGACCUGAUAGCUUUCAGAGAAGCCGAAGCCAGGCGGAUGAACCAGGCACGAGCAGCAGAGGCGAGAUUGCAGGCUACCCGGGCACAAGAGCAAGCAGCGCAGGCGGCCGCUGCUGCUACUCCAGCUACCGAUGAAACAGCGAAUGGAAUUAACCAUCAACCCGAAGCCGACAAUCCAGGACUCGGUCCAUCACAGUCGCAGGUGGAGGAUCCCAGCGGUCUCUCGGACGACGGCAAUAAUAGUCUCUUUGGGGAUUCUGAUCCUGCUCUACCGACACAACCAUCAACCUUAUCGCUUCCGCCCUCACCGUUCAGGUCGUUAUUCGUAGAUCAAGCACAGAAUGCACCGCCGCAAUCCAGUGUUCCACAAUCCUCAUUGGCGCAAGAAACUCUUGUUGAGGACACGGCCGUGGAAGACGCGCUCGCGGAUGAUGGCGAAGACGUCACGGGGUCGAGAGGAGAUGUUAUUAUGGAUGGCAGUAGAGUUAUGGACAACGACGAUGUGGGCGAGAACUGA